AUGGUUUGUGCUGGAGUAGUGCUUGACAUCGUGCAACACUGGAAGCUAUUCAAGGAAGUCCCGGAAAUUUUCAUACUUGUUCCUGCGCUUUUAGGACUAAAGGGAAAUUUAGAAAUGACCUUGGCCAGUCGACUUUCAACACUAGCUAAUUUGGGUCACUUAGACAAUUCCGUUCAGCGGAAGGAGGUAGUUCUAUCAAACUUGGCUCUUAUUCAAGUUCAAGCAACAGUUAUUGCCUUCCUUGCUUCGGCAUUUGCUAUGGUUUUGGCAUGGAUCCCGCGUGGAGAGCUUGACUGGUCUCACGCUGCCCUCUUAUGUGCAUCUUCAUUGGCGACAGCUUGCUGUGCUUCACUAAUUCUUAGUAUACUUAUGGCUUUAGUCGUUAUUUUUUCCAGAAAAUACAAUAUUAAUCCAGACAACGUUGCAACUCCUAUCGCUGCUUCUCUA